AUGUCUUCUUCAUCCAACCCUUUUCUCAAGACGUUUCUAUCGCGUUGCGACAAUAGUAGUCUCUAUGAGUACACGUCGCGCUUCAUUCCAGAGCUGGCUCUCCUAGGCUACACAGAUGUAGCAGCGCGCCUGAUAGGCAGACUCAACAACUAUGAUUUCUACCACGAUCGACUCGGAAGCCUUCGGCCCCUUUGGUUCCUCUGGGAUCUGCGUGCGAAGGAAGACGGUGUGCCAUGGCCUGAUGGAGAAGAAGAUAAGGUGCGCCAGGCUGUGAGGGGUAGACGAGCCAAGAUCAGCAGCGACGAUGCUCGAAGGAGGACCGACGAAACAAUAACAUCAGACGAUGUAGAAGAAGAGCUGCAAGUUAUCGCGAAAGAGUUGGCAUCGAAAUGGUACUACCCAACUGAGAUGCCAGGGCCAGGUCUUGCAGAAGCAUUCCAUGCCCACGAGCUCGAUCGCUCAGCCACCACUUCUCAGCUGCUUGAUGGUGCGAUAGAUGUCAUCCAUAGCUUUGAGACUGCACGUCCGGCACCUAACAUCCGAGAUGCGAGAAGCGGGCUGGUGAGCAUGCUGGACUUGGUCUUAACGGUUGAGGCACACUAUGAACAGCACGGCAUGCGCGAAAUACAGCGUAAGUCGGGCGCCCGGACAUCCCAUAAGAUACUGCAUUGGCUAGCGCACAGUCUUGGAGAACGGUCGUACGAGACUCAACCAGCGAUGGAGUCCAGGCAGGCAUGGAAGCUGUACAAAAGUGGAGCGCUGAGACAACAACUCAACAUCGAUGAAGCAGCGCUCGCAACCUUCGCAAAAGACUCUGAGAACGCUUUGACCGAGCGACUCACAAACGGUCGAACUAGACCGGGAGCAAACAUCUCCAUUCAAGAAUUCUUGAAAGCAGCGGGAUACAAUACAAAAUACAAUGCCGAAGCCAAAGAAGUCAAUUCUGAGCCCCCCGAAACCUCGCUCUUUCACUCUCCAGCCACCGACUCGCAGAUUGAAGAAGCCGAAACACGGCUCAACACCACCUUGCCAGCCGACUACAAAACCUUCCUCCGCAUUAGCAACGGUUUCGGUUCUCCAUGGGGUCACCCACUAGGCGACCUCCAAACACCUCUCCAUCCCGUAGACAAACUACGCUGGCUCGACUCCGCAGAAGAAGACUACUUCACCGACCUCACGCUCGACCUACCCACACGAUGGGAUAAAUGGCCUUUUGCACCUCCUCCAACUAAGAAGGCCUAUGCUUGUGACGAAGUGACAGAGCAUUUCCUCAUCGGCCGUGCAUUGGAGAUUGGUACACAGGAGAUUGAUAAUACGUGGCUUCUCCCGCCUUCUACGAUUACGCCAAUAAAGCAGGCUGUCACGAAGAUGCUGGACGAUGAGACACUGGGUGAGCGCGAAAAGGAUAGUGUCAGAGUUGCGAUAAGAGAUUUUGCUGGUAGCGAAGAGGAGUGGGAGGAGAUGGAAUGGGCGUGUGUUACGUGGGCUAGUGGAGGGGUGGCGGCUAUGUAUGUUUAUCCGGGGUUUAGGGCGUGGCUGGAGGAUAUUGUGGAGAAGGGAAGUGUUGGUUUGGAUGGUGAGGAGGAGAAAGAGCAAGAGAAGAGGUUGAAGCGUGGCAUGUGGUUGGGGAGGGUGUUUGAGAAUAUAACAAGCGGGGACAAGUCGGACGCGGAGGAGUUGCCGGAGUGGCUGAAAGACGCGAUCAGAGCGGCGAUGCCAACAAGAAGAUGA